AGUCAUUUUUUUAAAGUUUUUAUACUUUUAUAUUUUCUUAAUUAGCACAAUAGUUUUAUCGUUAGAUGUAACAAUUGACACAAACACUGAAACCAUUGUUAAAAAUACAAAGCAUGGACGCAUAAGAGGAUUCAUAUCUGAAAGGCUUCCGGGUCAUAAAGUUGAACAAUUUUUGGGAGUGCCAUUUGCGGAACCCCCUGUUGGAAACCUUAGACUUGAGCGACCGGUAGAACCUAAACCAUGGAAACAUAUACAAGAUACAUUGAAACUUCCACCGGCUUGUCUGCAGAGAACGGGAAAUAUUACCAAUGAUACUUUUUCAUAUAUUCACCGUUAUGUUCCAGGGUUUAACAGAGAGGAUGAAAACUGUUUAUAUCUUAAUUUAUACAAACCAUACGAACCAAAGAAGUCUAGAGAAUCAAAAUACCCAGUAUUGUUAUUUAUACAUGGUGGGUCAAACGAAGUGGGUAUGGGUGCCAUGUUUGACGGAGACAUUUUAGCAGGAUAUAGCAAAAUGAUAGUGAUUACUUUCAACUAUAGACUUGGCGCUUUAGGAUUCUUUGGAGCAAAAAAUGAGAAUUUGGAAGGAAAUUACGGAUUUCUUGACCAGAUAAUGGUGAUGAAAUGGAUACGAAAAAAUAUCCACAAUUUUGAUGGUGAUGCCACGAAAGUGACGAUUGAUGGUCAUAGCGCAGGUGCAGCAGAUGUAGGCUUUCAUAUGGUCUCUCCAUUAGCGAAAGGUCUUUUUAAGUAUGCGGUUAUACAAAGUGGUUCUCCGUUGGCAUUUUGGGCUACGGCAGGAGAUGACUGGAAGGAAGGCUACAAUAUAAAUACAUUCGAUUUGAUAAGCCGAGGCAAUAGUAAACACAAAGAAUUUUUAAAGCGUUUGGAUAAAAGAACCAUGAAAGAAAUGAAAGCAAAACACAAUCCAGCCAGUUUUAUUUCGUUUCCAGCUGUUGUGGACAAACAUUUUCUAGUAGAACGGCCGUUGCAAAGUUUCACGAAAGGACAAUUGAAUGGAGAAUCAUAUCUUUUGUCGUUUACGAGAGAUGAGGGAUCAGAACAUGCUGAGGCACUACUGGAUCAUUACAAAGUAAACAUAUUUGAAGAAAGUUUAUUUCAUGAUGUUUUAAGAGAUUUGAGCCCACACCAGUUUCCGACAAUCUGUGGAAUUUCAGAUAUAAUACUACAUGAGUAUGGACAGUGGGAGCAUGAUGUUAAAGAAGAAUACAAAACAGUGAAACGGUAUAUUGAGAUGGAGAGUGAUUUUGUAUUUGUAGCACCAAUGAUUAAACUGGCCAAUAUUAUAUCCAACUAUACGAACAACCUAUUUCUAUUUAGUUUUGAUCAUGUUUCUGAAUUGGCACAAGGACCAGAGUGGUUAGGUGUUCCUCAUGGAAGAGAUCUUUUUUACCUUUUUGGAGCUCCUCUUGUUGGACAUAAACAUUAUAAUUAUAGCGAGACGGAUAAGGUAGCGAGCCGUGUGAUGAUGAAAAUGUGGGGAAACUUUGUUAGAUACGGGAAACUAACAGCAGAUGGUGUAAGACAUCUACCACAUUACAGAAGUAAUACUAAAGUCUUUAACAGACUAUUUCUCAUGGACAAUAACAUAACGGUAAAAGAGUUCAAAAACUUUAAACCACGCAAAAUGGCGUUUUGGAACACUUUUCUACCUCAUUUAAGUUGCCCAGAGAAGGAGUGCCAAUCUAGCAAAGCCCGUUCUACAGUACCUCAUAUUGUAUUUGUAUUUAUGUCUUGUAGUUUAUCUUACUUUUAUAUGACAUUUUUAAAAUGGACAUAGUUCAUUAGCGGCACAUAUAUUUGUAUUGUUUACCUCGACCAAUUUUCAUGACAGAAUUUCAUGUUUUUGUUAUUAUGUUAUAGACUCAUUCAAUGUUUAGAGAAAUUAUAAGAUACCUUCUAUACCAUGUUACAUUAUUUCAUUGCAAUUAAAAACCGACCAUAUUACGGUGGUAUCGUAAGCAUUAUCAUAAAAGUCGAUCACAGAUGUAACAAAAUGAUCUUAAUAGUAAUUUAAUACAAAACAGAAAAAAAUAAACUUGUGGAAAAGAUGGUAUACCACAACAAUGAGGUGCAAAAAUUUGUACACCAUAUCCGGAUUUCGACAAUUAAUAUAUACAUGAAUAAUAAUAAUUCUCAAUACAGUACCACGUAUUCCGCAUGCAAUCAAGCAUAGAAAAAAUGGUCCAUUUAUUAACUGAACUUUCAGUAAAGGCAAGUACGUUGUGUCUAUGUUGACCCGAUUUUCGCUGUGUGUUCUGGUGUUGUAGUAGUUUCGCCACUAUCCAAAUUAGGUUGAAUGUUCAACAUGUUUUACCCCACCACAUUAUGUUUGUCAUUUUCCAAAAACAGGAUCCUGUAGUCCAGUUGUUGUCGUCUGUCAUAACUUUUUGUAAUUUAAUGUUUUAGCUGUCAUAUUUUGUAUAUCACAGGCCAUUUUAUAGUUUACUUUACGGUAUGAGGUUUGCUCAUUAUUAAAAGUCGUACUGUGACUUGUAGCUGUUUAAAUUUGUCAUUUGUUCUUUCAUUGAUCGUUACGGUUGUAUAUUUGUCUCAGAGGAAACCAUACCACAUCUCCCUACUUUUAUAUACAUAUGUAUACAGUAGAAGUAGUAUGUAUUCUUUUUAUUAAAUGUGUUCUUUUUAUUAAAGAUAGACAUAGAAAAGAACUUGUAAUCGCAUCAGUUCUAUGUUAUUACAUGUAAUGAUAUUUUUGAUGUUGUGGUUAAUGAAAGAUAGUGAAAUUUAUUAUAUUAAACAUGUUUCUUAGGUAGGGUUCAGUUUUGAUGUCUUUAAAAAUCAUAAAAUAUGCCUCCUAAACAGAUGACAUAAGAUAAACAUAAGUUAUAUUUUGUAUAGUAUCGGACUUAUAAAACAAAAUUAUAAUGCAAUUGUAGUUGACGAUGUCACAUGUUUCAAUGACACAAUUAUUUGAUGUAAGAUAUUCUUCAUUGCCCAGUACAUAUACAUCAAACAUAUCUGCCAAGUCUGAUAUUAGGUAAAGUAUAACUUAAGCCGCUUUUAUGGUCAUAUGUAUAAGGUUUUGAUCAUGGAUCCUAAUUGUUAUUACAUUAUACUGCAUAUGUUAGCGGCGAUAAACACUUUUGUUGACAGUAGUUGAUUGUGUAAUUUUUACUUCGCGUGCAUGUUAUUUUUGUAGAUUUUAAAUAUUGUAAAACAUACAAUUCAUAAGUAUAUUUUGUAAAGUAUUUCUUAUAAUUUAUUUGAAUGAAAAAAUGAGUUCGUAUAAAACUAAAUUGUUAAAGUCUUAAUUACAAAUUCAUGGAAAAUUGUCACGAACACAACAAGUGAAAAUGUGGAUAAAUUCAGAUUUAAAUAUGCCAUGCAAGACACGCAAUGUAGCCUCAGUGUAAAUUUAAAAUCACAAGUUACUAUUGUAUUAUGUUGUUAAAUUGAUGUUUUUUAUAAUAAAUACUUCAUUCGACGA